AUGGCUCCAGCCCUGCAAACAACCGACCCUACCACCCAUCAAUUCGCCCAGUCGCAUCCGAACCAGCACGUCGUGCCCAUCCACGACGGCACGUACGGGAACCAUGCGACUGUGGUUGACGAUGACGACACCGACGCCGGAGAGGAUCCCUCCGCCAUCAUGCGCAAGCUCAUGAAGGGCAAGGACAAGGAGUGGGACGCUGUCACGUCCACCAAGUCGUCGGGCAAGAAGCUCACCCUGCUCGAGCUGCCGAUCACCCACACGAACGACCUCACGUCUCUCGCCCUGACGAACUCGAACCUCCACAACCUCGCGAUCCCCCACAUCUACUCGAGAUUUGACAUUGUCUGGCCCGACGCCACCCAGAUGAACACGUCCGACAGCAAGAGCGUCGAUGCCCUCACGUACGGCCUGUCCACAAUCUGCCUCGGCAGCUCGUUCGCCCAUCGGAUGCGCAAGAUGCUCGAGCCCACGUACAACAUGGCGAGCCCUGUCCCGUUCAAGCGGAGACCGAAGAACGACUACGCUAAGUACACUAGGAAGUUCUCGCUGGGCAACGGCCCUACCGACUGGGUCGCGGAGUACAUGAUCUCCAAGGAGAGCGGCAAGAUGCUGGGUACCUUGGUGGCACUGGCCGUCGAGAAGAUGGUCAACCUGGAGGCGUUUGUCUGGGACAUGCCCACCGGAGUCCUGUCCGACAUCUUCAUGGCACUAGCGUCUAUCUCGGAGCACAGCCCAGACGGCGAAUCGAAGCUGGAAAAGGUCUGGGUGAGGUGGCACGAUAACUACGAGGGGACGACGUCUUCAACGUCUUCGAGCCCGGCUCCUCCGCAUCCGGCGACGUCUGCCAACAACAACGCCACCGCCAUCGGCUACCUGAUCACCGGGCCCGGCCUGCCCCGCGCCCGGCCUGCGCUGCCGUACGCCGAGACACGGGUCGAGUUUCCCACCUUUUGCGUUUUGCCGCCGCUCAAGAGCCUGACCGUGUUGGACAUUGACGAGCUUGCCUACCUGGAUGAGAUGGCCAUGGUGAUUGAGAGAUCCAAAGUCCGUCUGCAGGAACUGCGCGUCGGUAUCUCGCAAAAGGCCGUGAACAAGGACUUUGCCCAGCCGUGGGACGGUCCCGACCUGCACCAGAUCGACCGGGAAGCCAGAUGGCCUGGCGAGAGCUCCAUUGGAGACAAGCGACUGGGCGGCGUCCUCGGCGUGCUCGUCGGUCGGGUCUAUGACAUCCGCCGUAAGGCAAGCUCGAGGUCGAGGGGAAAGGCGCCAUUGUUGUCUGCCCCAACGACGCAGUCGUCAAACGACGCAAGUGUGGACGCAGACGAUACCGAGACCUUGCCGGCCCAGGACACGAACGAGCAUGUCGACGUGGACGCCGGCCAAGACGCCGCACCCGCAGACGAGGCCACUGAGGUUGGUUCGGAGGAUCAGCUCGUAGACCAGACUACAGAGGAAGCGGUCACCUACCCCGAGCAAGGCCACGGCGCUUCCGUGGAGGACCGGCCGUCCGACGAGCAGCAGAACACUCUUGUCGGUAACGAGCAUUCAUACGCGUCCCCGCGGACUCCGCGAAAGAGGCUGGAAGGCAAACUCAAGCUGCGCACCCUUGAACUCGAGCGCGUCAAUCUCUCGAUCCAGGUGUGCAUUCAAGCGUUUGACUGGACGGUCUUGACCAACAUCACCAUCCUGGAUUGCGUGCAGAGCGAGCACCUCUGGAAGGGCCUGCGGCGGCAGUUCGCACCAGCGCCUGCAUCGAGGCUCGGAUCACAUGCGGCGAACGCGAGCAAGCAGCCCAUGGAGUAUCACCUCUGCCUCAAGAGCAUCCAUACCGACACCGUCUCAAGUGCCCUGGUCAGCUUCCUGAGGGACACCCUGGCGCCCAACAGUUUGGAGGUGCUGUUUUUGCAGGAUCGUCGACGGGUAGGGCCUCAGCCUGCGACCAUUGAGCAGGUUUUCAAGGGGGUCAUUAAGAAACAUCGGUCAAGUCUGCAAAAGGUUCUACUGGACAGCUCGGAUCGGAAGAACGGCAACGUACCAGCGGACAACUCUCGUUGGCGCAAUUGGGUGUUGUCGACGGACAUGUUGCUGUACAUGACGAGUGGACGGAUGUCAAACCUCAGGGAGCUCGCCAUAUCGUUGCACUACAAAGACUGGCACACAUUCCUUCAACGUUUGCCCAACGUUCCGCAUUUGCGAUCGCUGAAUCUUCAGCACGUCGCUGAGCACAUAGUCGGCAAUUUUGAGCCAAGAGAAUUGGCUUUGCAGAUGGUGGACAUCAUAACCUUACGCCCCGAGAUUCAGCUGUGUUAUGUCGGCAUUUCAACAAAGUGCUUUGAGAUCUUGGAGAGCAAGCCGGCGGAGGAGAGUGGCGGCUCGAUUGCCAGUGUCACGGCCGACCACCACGGCGUCAUGGCACACGACUCCGGUGUCGAUGACGAGGAUGACGAAGACGACAAUGCCGGCACGGACGAGGAGACGGCCAGUCAGAUGGAUGAAGAAACCUCGGAAGAGGAAGACGACGACGACGAUGAUACCCCAGCAAGCGCAGUGGACGCGGACGACACACAGUCGGAGGUGUCUGCGGCCCAGGACUCGGACGACGAGUCUCUGCGCGACGCGGUUUUCGGCCCCUCGCGGCCUCGCCUCCGACUCCGCGAAAUUCUAUUUUACGACGACAAGGUGGCGAUUUUCAAGGCUCGCCACGGGAGAUUGUGA